AUGUCCGAAACAAUGCGAGCAGUCGUCGUCCAGGGCGGAAAGGGCCCCGCAGAAGCGAUGGAAAUCGGCCAGAUCCCGAAGCCAAUUCCAUCUGGCGGCCAGGCUUUAGUCCGCGUCAAAGCCUUCGGUCUCAACCGGAUGGAUCUACUCCAGCGUGAGGGACGAUAUCCCCUCCCACCGCAGGCCCCGCAGACGAUGGGGGUGGAGUUCUCCGGUACUGUUGAGAAAUUAGGCGCCGAUUCUGAAUGCGGGUUCAAAGUUGGUGAUGCGGUGUUUGGGCUUGCUUAUGGAGGGGCAUAUGCGGAGUAUAUUGUCGUGGCCACACAAAUGCUGGUUCAUAAGCCUGUAGAACUCUCCUGGGAAGUGGCUGCCGGUGUUCCGGAGACAUGGAUCACCGCCUCGCAGGCUCUAUAUCUCAUCGGAGGAUUCAAACCUGGACAAUCAGUCCUAUGGCAUGCUGGUGCAUCAUCAGUCUCCAUCUGCGGCAUCCAACUAGCCAAAGCGGAGGGAGCGAAAGCCAUCUACGCUACUGCCGGAUCACAGGAGAAAGUCGACUUCCUAGUCAACGAACUAGGCGUCACCGCCGCAUUCAAUUACAAAACGCAAGACUGGGCCGCGGAACUCGCGAAAGCAACGAACGACGAGGGUGUCGAUGUAAUUGUUGACUUUGUUGGCGCGAACUACUUCCAGGGAAACCUCAACAGCGCGGCACGCGAUAGUCGGAUUGUUCUGCUCGGUUUGAUGAGCGGGGGGAAGUUGCCGAAGGAUGUUGAUAUCUCGGCGUUGCUUUUCAAAAGAGUUCGUGUGGAAGGUAGUACGCUGCGCAGUCGAGAGUUGGAGUAUCAGCGGAAGUUACGGGAUUCUUUGGUUGAGCAUGCUCUUCCUAGACUCAAGGAUGGGACUUUUAAGGUUUUUAUUGAGAAGGUUUUUGAAUUUAGCGAAAUUGUGGAAGCUCACAAGUUGUUGGAGAGUGGCAACACGAAAGGGAAAUUGAUCUGCGUGAUUUAG